UAAAAGAAAGGAAAAUAACAUUACAUUAUUGCUUUCUUUUGUGACUCGGCUAGGAAUUAGUGAGCUCCAAAGGAGCAGUGAGAGAGGUCCCACAACUAGCAUUCCAAGCUGGACUCUCCAAACCAAUCAGCUUGGGACUAUCCCGUCGCUUUUGGGAUAAGAUGCCACAUCCUAUACUAGUUACAUCACAUAUACAAGUAUUAAAGAAAAUACUGUAAAUAAUAUCUAUAUAUCUAUAUAUGUUCUUUUUGUUUGAGGUUGGAUAGACACCGAAAGAAAAUAUAAGAGUGGAGAGAAAAAAAAAACUGAGGAAAAGAUAAGACAUAUAUGGAUACACAAAGAUUACCCAAGAAAGAAGAAGAUGAUUAUCAACCUUCUUCAACCAUCGAGUCCAUAAAUGAUUUUGACAGCAUUUUCGACCUCAACCUUGACGGUUCAAAAUGCUCUCAAGAACUCACCUGGGAUUUCUUUAAAGAAGAUCAUGAAGAUGUAGAGGAAGAAGAGAAAAGAUUGAGUACUGAUCAAGAAGGCUCAAGUUCUGGGGGUUGGGAUAAUAAUAUGUCGACGGAUUAUGAAGACAAAGAGUUGAGUCUGAAGCUGAACUUGAACCAUCAAGAAGUUAUUAAUGCUUGGUCUGAUCGCCCCCAGCAACCUCUGUGGACAAACACUUCACUGCUAAGGGGUCCGGCCAAUGCCCUUUAUAGUGGGGAAGUACCGGUGAUGGAUGAAGGGAGAAACAUGAGACGAGAAGCGAGUGUGUUAAGAUACAAAGAGAAGAGACAAAGUAGGCUCUUCUCUAAGAAGAUAAGGUAUCAAGUCCGAAAGCUUAACGCCGAUAAACGACCUCGUUUCAAGGGUCGAUUCGUGAGAAGAGAGACUUAAAAAGGAAAAGAAAAUAUCUGGAAGGAAAAUAUCUCCAAUCUUCGAUAUGUUUUUUUUAGUAGUACUAUUAUUAUGACCAAAAAAAAAGUAGUACUAUUAUUAUGAAUAUUUUUUAUUUUCAUAUGUAUUUGUGCUUUCUGAGAUAUCAUUAUCAUCUUUUACAACUU